AUGACCCGUUUGAGCUUUGUUCUGCUCUCCCUCCUGGCGUCCUCCAUCGCGGCCUCCCCCACCGAAUACCAACACCGCGAUGACCUCCUGAACACCCACAAUGACUACGACCACGACCACAGCCCUAUCCACAACGCCCUCCAUCGCCUCUCUGCUCGCUUCCGCGAUGGAAUUUUCCCAUCUGAUACCGAUGCCGUGAGCGCUCUCCAGCACGAGGACGAGUCCCUGGGCAAGCGCUUGUUGGACCUCGUGAAAAGACAAGACGUCGGAGACAUUUCUUCCUUGCUGCCGUCGUCCGAUCAGGCGUCGUCUACGGAGGCCUCUUCCGCUGAUCAACCAAGCUCGACUGCGGCCAGUACUUCGGACCAGCUUAGUUCGUCCGCAGGGUCCACUGGUAGCUCCAGUGCUGAGAGCACCACCGAGAGCAGCACUGCCGAGAGUAGCACCGCCAACUCUAGCAGUGCCGGAUCCAGCACUACUGAUUCCAGCUCUACCGGCAGCAGCAGCGCAUCGGAGACCGAGUCGUCCACGCCUGCGUCGACUUCGGCCUCGUCAACUGGAGCUUCGUCCACUGCUGGAUCUAGCACGGGAGGAUCCUCGACCAACCCAUCGACAACCAUGUCGACCUCUGCGUCGCCUUCUUCCACUUCUGCUUCCACCUCUUCUCCGUCUACCUCGACCAGCUCGAGCCCUGCCAGCACCACCAGCACCACCAGCACCACCAGCACUGCUUCUUCCUCUUCGUCUACCGAGACCACCACUCAACAUACGACUCCCUACACCUCUACGUACCAGAGCACCACGACCAUGGCCAAUGGUGAGCGAAGCACUGUGACCAUGUUCACCGUCGUGCAUCCCACUGCAUCGUCGACUUCCUCUGCCAAGCCAGGUCUGCAGACCGAUACAUCGGGUGCUGGUACUACGAACCUGAAGCGGGAGUUCCUGGCUAUCGUGGGAGGUGCUGCUGUUGUUGCCAUGGCUCUCUAG